AUGUGGAGGUCCACUUGUGGCCUCUCUGUGAGGGCAGCAGAGAGGGCAGUACACAGAAAAUGGUCACGCAGGCUCUAUUCUCACAAUGCGGCAAAACCUCCUCCUCAAUCAACUCCCGUUCUCCGGACCCAGGCUGAGAAAGAGAGGCGGAGGAGAGAUAAGGAGAAGGCCAUACUGAGCGGUCAACACAAUGUAGGUGACCUCACUCCUAGUUAGUGGACUCUUACACAUAACAAACCAAGACAUAGACUUCUUUUUUUAUCUGAAAGUUAAAUCCAUGCCAUUUUCAGAAUGUUGAAGAUCAAGGAAUGAAAUGGAGUGAGAAAGAGAGGAUAGCGUACAGUGCUUCAACGGCUCUUGGGGAAAAGAAAGGUAAUGAAUGUCCUAAAGACUUUAGUGAUGGAGGAAAAAAUAGAUACAGUUACAUAUCGGGAUAUUAUUUUUGACUAUAUAUCGUAUCGUUUUGACAAUAUCGCAAUCAUAUUUUUUGCGCUAGUUGGUAAAACUCCAGUAUUUUACCUUCAUAGCUUGUUCUCCAUCUUCUUUUUAAAAGGGAGCCAAUUUAUUUUCAGCACUUUUAUUUCCAUGACUGAUCAAAACUAGUUUUCUCAUGGCUCUCUCUUGUCCCUCUGCAGCAGACAUAUGGUGAGCAAUAUGUUUGGAACAUCAAAUCUCAAUAAAAUCACAGUAUCGAAUCGUGAGAAUCGCAAUACAUAUCGUAUCGGAUCCAAAGUGUCGUAAUAAUAUCGUAUCGUGAGGUCCCUGGCAAUUCCUAGCCCUGUCAUGAACGCAGAGAUCAGGCUGGUUUCACUAGGAUAAUACAGCAAGUAGUCUUUUCAAGCACUCGCUUGCUCCGUUGCCACUCUCUCGCUAAAUACAUUCCUAUGUUCUUAUUCACCCUGACCGUCCUUUGUUAGACACCACCCUGCCCUUCCCUUCAUCCUACAGUCCUGAGUAUGUGGAGACCAGCUGGUACGAGUGGUGGGAGAAAGAAGGUUUCUUCACCCCAGAGAUCCAUGUAAGAGAAUCAAGCAUUAUAAUAAAGCCAUACUUUAAAUUGCCUGAUGAUGCCCCCAUGUUAGAAACAAUAAAUAAAGAUAAUACAGAUCUAAAAUGUGAUAGUGCUCUAAUAAUUAUAUUUAUUCUAAUGCCCGUGUUUGUUUUAAAAAUCAACAUUUAGGACAGACUGCCACAUGCUGUGAAUCGUUCCUUCUCCAUGUGUAUCCCUCCGCCGAAUGUGACUGGCACCCUGCACCUCGGCCAUGCACUCACAGUUGCCAUAGAGGAUGCAUUGGCUCGCUGGUAACUAUUUCUCACCAACAAUAAUGGAAUCAGUUGGAUAGAGAUGUUUCUGUUUGGCUGAAAUGAAAUGGCACAUGUUUGAUAAAAGUCACCACAUCAAAUUCCUAUCAGUCAUAUGAAAACUCUGAGCUGAAAUAAAUGUGAUGCUUUUUGAAUGGCUCAUGUAUUUGACAUGUUUUAGGAGAUCUGGUUAAAUGUAUUGUUGUAUUGAUUGAAUAUGUGGUUGUAUCAGGAGGAGGAUGCAGGGCUACAAAGUUCUUUGGGUACCAGGCUGUGACCAUGCAGGCAUCGCUACACAGGUAAGUGUCUCCCUGACCUGGCUAUCCAUAUUAUCUUUCACAUUCGCUUCUCUUUCAAGCUAUAUAUAAAAACAAUUGUCCAACCUUCUGGUCUUAAUCUCAGACGGUGGUAGAGAGGAGGUUGUUUAGGGAACGAGGGAAGCGAAGACAGGACCUCAGCAGGGAGGAGUUUCUAAAGGAGGUGUGGACGUGGAAGAAAGAGUGAGUAUGAGGUCCCUUUCAGUCUUCUCUUAUUGUCUGUCUCUCUCUCUCUCUCUCUCUCUCUCUCUCUCUCUCUCUCUCUCUCUCUCUCUCCUCUCUCUCUCUCUCUCUCUCUCUCUCUGUCUCUGUCUCUCUCCUCUCCUCUCUCUCUUCUCUCUCUCUCUCUCCUCGCUCCUCUCCUCUCUCUCUCUCUCUCUCUCUCUCUCCUCUUCUCUCUCUCCUCCUCUCGUUCUCUCUCUCUCUCUCUCUCUCUCUCUCUCUCUCUCUCUCUCUCUUCUUCUCUGCCUGCUCUUCUCUACUUUCCACUGUCAUUAGUAGAAUCCUACAACUAUCCAUCUUCUUAAUGAGAUAAAGCAAGUUGAUUACAUUUUCAUAUUUUGUCUGUGUGUUCCAGGAAGGGUUCUGUCUGUGUGUUCCAGGAAGGGUUCUGUCUGUGUGUUCCAGGAAGGUUCUGUCGUGUGUUCCAGGAAGGGUUCUGUCUGUGUGUUCCAGGAAGGGUUCUGUCUGUGUGUUCCAGGAAGGAUUCUGUCUGUAGUUCCAGGAAGGGUUUCUGUCUGUGUGUGUUCCAGGAAGGAUUCUGUCUGUGUUUUUCCAGGAAGGAUUCUGUCUGUGUGUUCCAGGAAGGAUUAUGUCUGUGUGUUCCAGGAAGGGUUCUGUCUGUGUGUUCCAGGAAGGGUUCUGUCUGUGUGUUCCAGGAAGGAUUCUGUCUGUGUGUUCCAGGAAGGAUUCUGUCUGUGUGUUCCAGGAAGGGUUCUGUCUGUGUGUUCCAGGAAGGGUUCUGUCUGUGUGUUCCAGGAAGGAUUCUGUCUGUGUGUUCCAGGAAGGGUUCUGUCUGUGUGUUCCAGGAAGGAUUCUGUCUGUGUGUUCCAGGAAGGAUUCUGUCUGUGUGUUCCAGGAAGGAUUCUGUCUGUGUGUUCCAGGAAGGAUUCUGUCUGUGUGUUCCAGGAAGGGUUCUGUCUGUGUGUUCCAGGAAGGAUUCUGUCUGUGUGUUCUAGUACGGGUUCUGUCUGUGUGUUCCAGGAAGGGAGAGGAGAUCUAUCACCAGCUGAGGGAACUUGGUGCGUCUCUGGACUGGAGCAGAGCCUGCUUCACCAUGGAUCCAGUAAGACAGUACUAUUACACUACAACAACACACACUCAGUGGCCUUUUGGUUAGUGUCCACCCUAAGAUUGGAAGGUUGGGAGUUCGAUCACCAGCCAAGUCAUACCAAAGACUGUAAAGAUGGGACCCUAUGUAUCUCUGCUUAGCACUCAGCAUUAAGGAAAUAGAUUGGGGAUAAGGCCCUGCGAUAGACUAGUGUCCUGUCCAGGGGGUGUACAUCACUCUACAGAAACAGGAGAUAGACUAGUGUCCUGUCCAGGGGGUGUACAUCACUCUACAGAACAGGAGAUAGACUAGUGUCCUGUCCAGGGGGUGUACAUCACUCUACAGAAAACAGGAGAUAGACUAGUGUCCUGUCCAGGGGGUGUUACAUCACUCUACACAGAAACAGGAGAUAGACUAGUGUCCCUGUCCAGGGGGUGUACAUCACUCUACAGAACAGGAGAUAUACUAGUGUCCUGUCCAGUGGGGUGUACAUCACUCCUACACGAAACAGGAGAUAGACUAGUGUCCGUCCAGGGGUGUACAUCACUCUACAGAAACAGGAGAUAGACUAGUGUCCUGUCCAGGGGGUGUACAUCACUCUACAGAACAGGAGAUAUACUAGUGUCCUGUCCAGGGGGUGUACAUCACUCUACACAGAAACAGGAGAUAGGACUUAGUGGUCCUGUCCAGGGGGUGUACAUCACUCUACAGAAACAGGAGAUAGACUAGUGUCCUGUCCAGGGGGUGUACAUCACUCUACAGAAACAGGAGAUAGACUAGUGUCCUGUCCAGGGGGUGUACAUCACUCUACAGAAACAGGAGAUAGACUAGUGUCCUGUCCAGGGGGUGUACAUCACUCUACAGAAACAGGAGAUAGACUAGUGUCCUGUCCAGGGGGUGUACAUCACUCUACAGAAACACGAGAAGAGUAACUAGUGUCCUGUCCAGGGGGUGUACAUCACUCUACACAGAAACAGGAGAUAGACUAGUGUCCUGUCCAGGGGGUGUACAUCACUCUACAGAAACAGGAGAUAGACUAGUGUCCUGUCCAGGGGGUGUACAUCACUCUACACAGAAACAGGAGAUAGACUAGUGUCCUGUCCAGGGGGUGUACAUCACUCUACACAGAAACAGGAGAUAGACUAGUGUCCUGUCCAGGGGGUGUACAUCACUCUACACAGAAACAGGAGAUAGACUAGUGUCCUGUCCAGGGGGGUGUACAUCACUCUACACAGAAACAGGAGAUAGACUAGUGUCCUGUCCAGGGGGUGUACAUCACUCUACACAGAAACAGGAGAUAGACUAGUGUCCUGUCCAGGGGGUGUACAUCACUCUACAGAAACAGGAGAUAGACUAGUGUCCUGUCCAGGGGGUGUACAUCACUCUACACAGAAAACAGGAGAUAGACUAGUGUCCUGUCCAGGGGGUUGUACAUCACUCUACACAGAAACAGGAGAUAGACUAGUGUCCUGUCCAGGGGGUGUACAUCACUCUACACAGAAACAGGAGAUAGACUAGUGUCUGUCCAGGGGUGUACAUCACUCUACAGAAACAGGAGAUAGAUAGUGUCCUGUCCAGGGGGUGUACAUCACUCUACAGAAACAGGAGAUAGACUAGUGUCCUGUCCAGGGGGGUGUACAUCACUCUACACAGAAACAGGAGAUAGAUAGUGUCCUGUCCAGGGGGUACAUCACUUACAGAAACAGGAGAUAGACUAGUGUCCUGUCCAGGGGUGUACAAUCACUCUACAAAACAGGAGAUAGACUAGUGUCCUGUCCAGGGGGUAUACAUCACAGGAGAUGUACUGUGUGCCAGUACACCAAGGGUCUGCCUCACGCUACAGAAACAGGAACCAAGUCUCGUCUACUUAUUUAUAUACCACACUGUUACUGUAGUAUUAGUAACAUGAUUUCAUUAUUAUAUACAGUAGUAUGUUAUGUUACUGUAUUAUUAUUAUUACUGUAGUAUUAGUAACAUGAUUUCAUUAUUAUAUACAGUAGUAUGUUAUGUUACUGUAUUAUUAUUAUUACUGUAGUAUUAGUAACAUGAUUUCAUUUUUAUAUACAGUAGUAUGUUAUGUUACUGUAUUAUUAUUAUUAUUAUUGUACUAUUAGUAACAUUAUUUCAUUUUUAUAUACGUAUGUUAUCUUAGUGUCCGUUCCAGUAUCAUCUGCUCAGCUCUUUCUUCCUGUGUGUGUGUGUGUGUGUGUGUGUGUGUGUGUGUGUGUGUGUGUGUACCUUUGUGUGUGGGUAUUUUCAGGGCUUCAGCAGUGCUGUGUCCGAGGCCUUUGUAAGGCUGUGUGACUCUGGUCUGGUCUAUCGCUCUGAGGGGCUGGUCAACUGGAGCUGUGCUCUGGAGUCAGCCAUCUCUGAUAUAGAGGUUAGUCUACCAUCUCUGAUAUAGAGGUUAGUCUGCCAUCUCUGAUAUAGAGGUUAGUCUACCAUCUCUGAUAUAGAGGUUAGUCUGCCAUCUCUGAUAUAGAGGUUAGUCUACCAUCUCUGAUAUAUAGGUUAGUCUGCCAUCUCUGAUAUAGAGGUUAGUCUACCAUCUCUGAUAUAGUGGUCUGCCAUCUCUGAUAUAGAGGUUAGUCUGCCAUCUCUGAUAUAGAGGUUAGUCUACCAUCUCUGAGAUAGAGGUUAGUCCUAACCAUCUCUGAUAUAGUGGUUUUGCCAUCUCUGAUAUAGAGGUUAGUCUGCCAUCUCUGAUAUAGAGGUUAGUCUGCCAUCUCUGAUAUAGAGGUUAGUCUGCCAUCUCUGAUAUAGAGGUUAGUCUGCCAUCUCUGAUAUAGAGGUUAGUCUACCACUCUGAUAUAGUGGUCUGCAUCUCUGAUAUAGAGGUUAGUCUGGCCAUCUCUGAUAUAGAGGUAGUCUGCCAUCUCUGAUAUAGAGGUUGUCUGCCAUCUCUGAUAUAGAGGUAAGUCUGCCAUCUCUGAUAUAGAGGUUAGUCUACACUCUGAUAUAUUUGGGCUGCCAUCUCUGAUAUAGAGGUUAGUCUGCCAUCUCUGAUAUAGAGGUUAGUCUGUCAUCUCUGAUAUAAGGUUAGUCUGCCUCUCUGAUAUAGAGGUUAGUCUGCCAUCUCUGAUUAAGGUUUUGUCCGUCAUCUCUGAUAUAGAGGUUAGUUUUGCCAUCUCUGAUAUAGAGUUAGUCUCAUCUCUGAUAUAGAGGUUGUCUAACAUCCCGAUUAAAGGUUAGUCUGGGCCCUCUUUUGAUAUAGAGGUUAGUCUGCCAUCUCGAAUAGAGGUUAGUCCUGUCAUCUCUGAUAUCGAGGUUAGUCUGUCAUCCUCCCGAUAUAGAGUUUGUCACAUCUCUGAUAGAGAGGUAGUCUGCCUCUUGAUAUAGAGGUUAGUCUUGCAUCUCUGAUAUAGAGGUUAGUCUAUCUCUGAUAUAGAGGUUAUCUCCAUCUCUGAUAUAGAGGUUAGUGCUGUCCAUCUCCUGAUAUAGAGGUUAGUCUGCCAUCUCUGAUAUUGUGUUAGUCUGCCACCUCUGAUAUAGAGGUUAGUCUGCCAUCCUCUGAUAUAGAGUGUUAGUCCCCCUGCCAUCUCGAUAUUGAGGUUAGUCUGCCAUCCUCUGAUAUAGAGGUUAGUCUGUCAUCUCUGAUAUAGAGGUUUAGUCUGCCAUCUCUGAUAUAGAGGUUAGUCUGCCACUUCUGAUAUAGAUGUUUAGUCUGCCAUCUCUGAUAUAGAGGUUAGUCCUGCCAUCUCUGAUAUAGAGGUUAGUCCUGUCAUCUCUGAUAUAGAGGUUAGUCUGCCAUCUCUGAUAUAGAGGUUAGUCUACCAUCUCUGAUAUAGAGGUUAGUCUGCCAUCUCUGAUAUAGAGGUUAGUCUGUCAUCUCUGAUAUAGAGGUUAGUCUGUCAUCUCUGAUAUAGAGGUUAGUCUGCCAUCUCUGAUAUAGAGGUUAGUCUGUCAUCUCUGAUAUAUAGGUUAGUCUGCCAUCUCUGAUAUAGAGGUUAGUCUACCAUCUCUGAUAUAGAGGUUAGUCUGUCAUCUCUGAUAUAUAGGUUAGUCUGUCAUCUCUGAUAUAGAGGUUAGUCUGCCAUCUCUGAUAUAUAGGUUAGUCUGCCAUCUCUGAUAUAGUGGUCUGCCAUCUCUGAUAUAGAGGUUAGUCUGCCAUCUCUGAUAUAGUGGUCUGCCAUCUCUGAUAUAGAGGUUAGUCUGCCAUCUCUGAUAUAGAGGUUAGUCUACCAUCUCUGAUAUAGAGGUUAGUCUACCAUCUCUGAUAUAGAGGUUAGUCUGCCAUCUCUGAUAUAGUGGUCUGCCAUCUCUGAUAUAGAGGUUAGUCUGCCAUCUCUGAUAUAGAGGUUAGUCUUGCCAUCUCUGAUAUAGAGGUUAGUCUGUCCAUCUCCGUAUAGAGGUUAGCUUGGCCAUCUCUGAUAUAGAGGUUAGUCCCGCCAUCUCUGAUAUAGAGGUUAUCUGGCCAUCUCUUGAUAUAGUGGUUAGUCUGCCAUCUCUGAUAUAGUGGUUAGUCUGUCAUCUCUGAUAUAGAGGUUAGUCUGCCAUCUCUGAUAUAGAGGUUAGUCUACCAUCUCUGAUAUAGUGGUCUGCCAUCUCUGAUAUAGAGGUUAGUCUGCCAUCUCUGAUAUAGUGGUUAGUCUGUCAUCUCUGAUAUAGAGGUUAGUCUGUCAUCUCUGAUAUAUAGGUUAGUCUGCCAUCUCUGAUAUAGAGGUUAGUCUACCAUCUCUGAUAUAGAGGUUAGUCUGCCAUCUCUGAUAUAGAGGUUAGUCUGCCAUCUCUGAGAUAGAGGUUAGUCUGUCAUCUCUGAUAUAGUGGUUAGUCUGCCAUCUCUGAUAUAGAGGUUAGUCUGUCAUCUCUGAUAUAGAGGUUAGUCUUACCUAGAAAAUGAGACCCUUACUGUUCGUGUGUUAGCAUGUCACGUUAGCAACAGCAUCAUCUUUGCUAUGUGUUACAGAGCAUGUUGUACAGCUUCAGUUUGCACAAUUUAUUGUCCGCAGUUAAACAUGAUUUUAUUUUCAAAAUGUAAACUUUGAUGUAUAUUUGAGAGAUGUAUUGAUGCUGUCAACAGGUUGACUCCAAGCAGCUGUCUGGAAGAACCAUGUUGUCUGUCCCUGGCUACCAGAAAAUGGUGGAGUUUGGGACCAUGGUCACCUUUACCUACCCUAUAGACGGCCAGGGUGAGUGGUUGGUCUGAGUUCCAAAUGGCACCCUAUUUAGGGCUCUGGACAAAAGUAGUGCACAACAUAGGGUGCUGUUUGGGACGCGGUACCUUAGUAACUGGGACGUGAUCCUCCUUGAUGUCUGCUGUUCUCUUCCCUGUUGUUUAUACUCCCUCUUUCUAUCUAUUAGAUGGAGAGGUGGCGGUGUCGACCACUCGUCCUGAGACCAUGUUGGGAGAUGUGGCCAUCGCUGUGCAUCCUGACGACCCUCGAUAUCAGGCUAGUAUACUUAGAUUAAAAUGAUUUACCCAUACACGUUGGUGUUGUAGUCAAACACAAACACAGAAAAUGUAUUUGUCUUUUACAGUUGAAGUUGGAAGUUUACAUACACCUUUAGCCAAAUACAUUUAAACUCAGUUUUUCACAAUUCCUCACAUUUAAUCCUAGUAAAAAAGUCCCUGUUUUAGGUCAGUUAGGAUCACCACUUUAUUUUGAGAAUGUGAAAUGUCAAAAUAAUAGUAGAGAGAAUGAUUUAUUUCAGCUUUUAUUUAUUUCAUCACAUUCCCAGUGGGUCAGAAGUUUACAUACACUCAAUUAGUAUUUGGUAGCAUUGCCUUUAAAGUGUUUAACUUGGGUCAAACGUCUCGGGUAGCCUUCUACAGGCUUCCCACAAUAAGUUGGGUGAAUUUUGGCCCAUUCCUCCUGACAGAGCUGGUGUAACUGAGUCAGGUUUGUAGGGGUCCUUGCUCGCACACGCUUUUUCAGUGCUGCCCACACAUUUUCUAUAGGAUUGAGGUCAGGGAUUUGUGAUGGCCACUCCAAUACCUUGACUUUGUUGUCCUUAAGCCAUUUUGCCACAACUUUGGAAGUAUGCUUGGGGUCAUUGUCCAUUUGGAAGACCCAUUUGCGACCAAGCUUUAACUUCCUGACUGAUGUCUUGAGAUGUUGCUUCAAUAUAUCCACAUAAUUUUCCUUCCUCAUGAUGCUACUCUGUUAAUUAUUUAUGCAUAGUCACUUUAACUCUACCCACAUGUACAUAUUACCUCAACUACCUCAACUAGCCGGUGCCCCUGCACAUUGACUCUGCACCGGUACCCCCGUAUAUAGCCUCCCUACUGUUAUUUUAUUUUACUUCUGCUCUUUUUUUCUCAACAAUUUGUUGUUGUUGUUUUAUUUUACUUUUUUAUUAAGAAAUAAAUGCAUUGUUGGUUAAGGGCUGUAAGUAAGCAUUUCACGGUAAUGUCUACACCUGUUGUAUUCGGCGCAGGUGGCAAAUCAAAGUUGAUUUGAUUUGAUGCCAUCUAUUUUGUGAAAUGCACCAGUCCCUCCUGCAGCACAGCACCCCCACAGCAUGAUGCUGCCACCCCCGUGCUUCACGGUUGGGAUGGUGUUCUUCGGCUUGCAAGCAACCCCCUUUUUCCUCCAAACAUAACGAUGCUCAUUAUGGACAAAAAGUUAUAUUUUUGUUUAAUCAGACCAGAGGACAUUUCUCCAAAAAGUACGAUCUUUGUCCCCAUGUGCAGUUGCAAACUGUAGUCUGGCUUUUUUAUGGCGGUUUUAGAGCAGUGGCUUCUUCCUUGCUGAGCGGCCUUUCAGGUUAUGUUGAUAUAGACUCGUUUUACUGUGGCUAUAGAUACUUUUGUACCUGUUUCCUCCAGCAUCUUCACAAGGUCCUUUGCUGUUGUUCUGGGAUUGAUUUGCACUUUUCGCACCAAAGUACGUUCAUCUCUAGGAGACAGAACGCGUCUCCUUCCUGAGCGGUAUGACGGCUGCGUGGUCCCAUGGUGUUUAUACUUGCCUACUAUUGUUUGUACAGAUCAACGUGGUACCUUCAGGCGUUUGGAAAUUGAUCCCAAGGAUGAACCAGACUUGUGGAGGUCUACAACUCUUUUUCUGAGGUCUUGGCUGAUUUAUUUUGAUUUUCCCAUGAUGUCAAGCAAAGAGGCACUGAGUUUGAAGGUAGGCCUUGAAAUACAUCCACAGGUACACCUCCAAUUGACUCAAGUGAUGUCAAUUAGCCUAUCAGAAGCUUCUAAAGCCAUGACAUAAUUUUCUAGAAUUUUCCAAGCUGUUUAAAGGCACAGUCAACUUAGUGUAUGUAAACUUCUGACCCACUGGAAUUGUGAUACAGUGAAUUAUAAGUGAAAUAAUAUGUCUGUAAACAACCGUUGGAAAAAUGACUUGUCAUGCACAAAGUAGAUGUCCUAACCGACUUGCCAAAACUAUAGUUUGUUAACAAGAAAUGUGUGGAGUGGUUGAAAAAACGAGUUUUAAUGACUCCAACCUAAGUGUAUGUAAACUUCCGACUUCAACUGUAUCUAGGACUUCUUCUAAAUGUAUCACUACUAUUUGUCUUCCAGGCAGUUCAUGGUAAACAGUGCAGACACCCCUUCACUGACAGACUCUUACCCAUCAUCACUGACACUAUGGUGGAUAUGGAGCUGGGCACAGGUACAUGAACGGUCUCGUUGCUCUGACUGGAUGUACAUAGAUAAUCAUUUUAUGGAAUUUGAAGACCAACGCGUCAGGAACAAGAACAAGCUAGUUAUGCUAAAGGCUGUGUUAGUGUUAUUACAACCAACACUACUUCUUUAUUGUUCUGUCUGUCUGUCGUCUCUGUCUCUGUCUCUGUCUCUGUCUCUCUCUCUGUCUCUCUCUCUCUGUCUGUCUCUCUGUCUCUCUGUCUCUGUCUCUCUGUCUCUGUCUGUCUGUCUCUGUCUGUCUCUCUGUCUGUCUGUCUGUCUGUCUGUCUGUCUUUCUCAGGCGCUGUAAAGGUUACUCCAGCUCACGACUACACUGACUUCCUGCUUUCCCAGAGGCACUCUCUUCCCCGCCUCACUGUGAUUGGAGGAGACGGCACAAUGACUACUCUCUGUGGCCAAUGGCUGGAGGUACACUAUCUUAUCCAGACGUUGUUGUCCGUUUCUGGUCUGUCUGUCAGUUCUCUAAUAGCUGAGAGAUCUAAGAUAUCUCAUCUUUCUGUCUCUCCAUCACACUCCUCUUCUCAGGGAGUGAAGCGUUUUGAUGCCAGAGAACAAGUGAUCGAUGCACUGAUAGAGAAGAGGAUGUUCAGAGGGAAAAAGGAUCACACCAUGUCUUUACCCGUCUGCAGGUAGAGGGAGACACAUUCACUGUGUCUCUACAUCUAUGCAUGUGUCUGUCCCCUCUCUCUUUAGACAGAAAUGGUAUUCCAAUCACAUAAUGUAGUGCCCUAAUAAUGUAGUGCCCUAAUAAUGUAGUGCCCUAAUAAUGUAGUGCCCUAAUAAUGUAGUGCCCUAAUAAAUCAAACUCCGAUUCUGGGGUAAGUCAAAAACAUGAUUAUUUUUGCAGUGAAAGAAUCUGUUUUCAAGUUAAAUGAAUCACCACAUUCAGAAUUGCUGGCCAAAAGAAAUUAUUUUUGUCAGUUAUCCCAGAACCUGUUUUGAUUUAGGCAAUAAUCUAAUAUGUGAACACAUUAGAUGUAGGUUAGAUGUAGGUUACCUGCUGUUCAUCAAGAAUGCCCAUCUCCUGUAAUUUCACAUAGGAACUCGAUCAGUUACCCAAAAUGAACUGAAUAACAGAAAACAGAUAACAUCAGGAUCCUCAGGAUCUUGUUUCCCAUCCUACUUUUGACACCAUAGAGUAAAGGCCACACCCAGUUGCUAUGGUAAAGCUAUUUUGUCUUAUUCUGCUAAAUAUUUAUCUUGUCCUCUUUCCCCCUCCUGUCUUUCAGUCGCUCUGGGGAUGUCAUUGAACCUUUGUUGAAGAAGCAGUGGUUUGUGCGUUGUGAAGAGAUGGCCCAGAGAGCCAUACAGGUCAUUUGACUUUCUCUUUGUGUUGUAGUAUUUGCAUGUAGGUCACUAGGUCUGUCUCAAAUGGCACCCUAUUCCCAACAUAGUGCACUACUUUUAACCAUUGCCCUAUGUAGGUCAGAGGGUCUGUCUUUUGAUCAUUUGAACAUGUCAAUGAAGUGGAUGUAAUGCAUAGCACUGGCUCUCUCUGUCUCUCUCUCUCAAUUUCUAUUUCAAUUUAAGAGCUUUAUUGGCAUGGGAAACAUAUGUUUACAUUGCCAAAGCAAGUGAAAUAGAUAAUAAACAAAAGUGAAAUAAACAAGAAAAUAUUAACAGUAAACAUUACUCACAAAAGUUCCAAAAGAAAAAAGACAUUUCAAAUGUCAUAUUAUGUCUAUAUACAGUGUUGUAAUGAUGUGCAAAUAGUUAAAGUACAAAUGGGAAAAUAAAGAUCCCUCUCUUUUUCUCUGUCUCUGUCUCUGUCUCUGUCUCUGUCUCUGUCUCUGUCUCUGUCUCUGUCUCUGUCUCUCUCUCUCUCUCUCUCUCUCUCUCUCUCUCUCUCUCUCUCUCUCUCUCUCUCUCUCUCUCCUCUCUCCUCUCUCUCUCUCUCUCUCUCUCUCUCUCACUCAGGCAGUGGAUGAGGGACAGUUGGAGAUCAUUCCUCACUUCUACACCAAAACAUGGAGUAGCUGGCUCUCCAACAUCAGGUUACUACUUUUCUAAAGAUCCCAGGUUCCCCAAAAAACCUGACUGGAAGAUUCCCGGAAUGAAGAAGAGGGAAUCAGCAGGAAAUCUGGAAUCUUCCAAGCAGGAUGUCAGUCAGAUUUGGAUUUACAUUCCAAACUCAACUGUGAUCAGUGAACAAUAGUGUGACGUGUGAUAGAAGCAACAACAGGCCUGUUAGUUUGUCUUACUGCUGGACUGGCUGACGUCAGUGCCUAGCAACACCAGGCCCUGACAUCUUUACUGUUGCUCUCUGACCCCUGGUUCUAUUACACUGAUGUCAUAAAAUAGUCCUUGUUAUGACUUAUGUGGUUUUAACAAUGUGAUGUCUGUUUUGUGUUUUCCACAUCAGUGAUUGGUGCAUUUCCAGGCAGCUUUGGUGGGGUCAUCAGAUUCCAGCUUAUCGAGUGACUCUCCCAGAUUCUACUGACACACAGGAGGUGCACUGCAUGUUUCAAGCUGGGUUUCACACUCUCACAGGUCACACUUGUCACCUGAUGCAUUUAGAGGGUCAUAUUUCUGUAUUGUAAACAACUUUAUCUAUUGUGUGUCUGUUAUUGCCCUCAGGAGCUCUGGGUCUGGGGAAGGAGUGAGGCGGAGGCCAGAGAGCGGGCUGCUGUGA